AUGGUCCCAUUCAUUACCAACUCACCUAAAGCUGAGACUCUCUCAGCAGAUACACAGUCCACCCCAGAUUUCUGCCCAACUCCCGAUACCCCUCUAUCCCUAACAGCCGUUAAAAGUGCCGAGGCAGUAGCCACGACCAAGGAACGCGAUGGAGUCAUGGUGUCGCACGAUGAACUAGACCCGGACUUCAACGAGUUCAGCCAAUUCGCGCUCAGUCUGGGUUGGCAACUCAUCCCAGAGGAUCGAGAGACCUUCAUACUGUUCUGA